GGCUCUCGUGCAGCCAGGAAUGUUCUGGAGUCGACAGAUCUUACCAGAAGGGAAUGCACAGGUGCUAAAUGUGGCAGCAGAAGCUCCAGUCGCCCCAGACACACUGCUCAGAUAACAGGACACAGAGGGAGCCUGUGUGAGACUCACACAUGACAGAAACUGACCGAGCUUCACUGGAGACCAUGGGGAAACCCAUGGCCUUCCACUCCCAGAAAGAGAUGUUCGAGAAGAUGGAGGAAUCCUUUAAAAUGUGUGCACACUGUGAAAAGUGGCCGAAGCAGCUGUCAGACCCACACAGCUUGAAGCGUUGUGGGAGGUGUCUGAACGUGUACUACUGCAGUAAAGAUUGUCAGAAAGAGGACUGGCCCAAACAUAAGAAGUUCUGCUCACAGCUGCGUCUUGCUGCCAUUGACAGAGUGGUGGAGUGGCUUGUGUUCAAAGGAGAUCUUCCAUUCCCCACAGAAAAAUGGUCAACGCCCCAUUCGCAGGUUCAGGGUUGGGACGACUGGCUUGCGAUGCAGAAAGAUCUCCCAGCUCACCUCGAGUCCAUUUUAAAUGGAGCUAACAUGAAAGACUUGUGGAGUGACGCUUGCAGGCCUCGACCUCACGAUGAAGACCUUAAACAGUCCUUGUGGAGGGUCUGCAGUGAAUUCUUCUCCAGGCCGCUGACCAUUGCCUGGGGUAUGAGGUCAUUUGGCCUUCACCCUUAUUCCAAACCUCUGACCAUUCACCUGGUGGGAGCAGGCCAGAGUGAGACACUAGCAGCCAAACUGACAGACUAUGAUGAGCUUAACAACAUGUUCCCCGAUCACCAGGGGAUUGAAAUAGUCAUGGUGGGUCCAGAGGUGGUGGAUGGACCCAUUGUGAGGCCUCCUUUGAGAUCCUUUGGCCCCAAGAAGAAGGUGUACAUCAGUGCCUACAAGGGUCUCUACCACGACUUCUGGGAGGAGCUGGUGAAGAAAGAGGAGGCUGCCCAACCAGACCUGGUGGUUGGAUUUCACCCUGGAUUUGAUGCCAGUCAGGGCCUGGACCAAGGCUGGCUUCCAACACUUCUGCUCCUCAGGGAUUAUGAGAUUCCAUCACUUUUCACUGCUCUCAAUGAGACGGAGAUCACCUACUCCCUGCAGAUCCUGUUGGAGUUGGAGAUGAACAUGAAGGGAAGUGGAGUCAACCCCUUCUCCUCGCUGAAACCAGAGGUGGUAAACUCAAGUCCUAACAAGACUCCUGCUUUCUGCAACUCGCACUACAUGUGUUUCCAGGGUCUGCUGGAGACUGUGGAGUUUGAGGAGCCAGAGGAGAACUGAUGGAGCUUCAUGCUGCAGAGCAUGCAUGUUGUUUCUUUGACUUUGUUAACAGUUAACGGUUGUGAACCUUGGCUCUGGCAUUUACAUUCACUAUCUUAGUUUCAUGUCAUUUUACUGCCAGACUGGUGAGAUUUGAAUAUGUCGUUUAUUGGCUUGUGGAGAGGUGUUAGUACUUUGUAGGAAUAGUAAAACGUGUAGUGAUAUAAAUCAAAUGAACAAAGAGAAGACUCUAAUGUUCAUUUCAUUAUUUGCAGUAAAGAAAAAACAAUGAUUAUGAAUUGGACAAUUAUACACUGAAACCUACUGCGAUGCAUUUAAUGCACAUGCAAAUAUUCUGAAUUAAAACUUUACUUUGAAGUACUCUGAGGAAAUAAAACCAACAUAAGCUAAUCAUGCUGCAAAGGCAAGAGCGCUAACCACUCCACCAACCAUGUGACCCCGUUCAAUAUAUAUUCUGAGAAAAAUACGUCAAAUUAUCUAAUAUUGUAGCCAAAAUCAUACCGUUGUCGUUGACAUUGAUCUGUGAAUGAGUUGAAUGACGCAUCACUGUCAAAAUGUUUAGAAUUCAUUUAUAUUUAACGAUAUGUAUAAAGUUCAUACAGAUUUUUUUUUUUAAUCAAUAAAAAAGAUGAUUAAAAUAACAACUUGCAUCAGAUUUACAAACAUAUUAGCUGUAAAUAUACAUACACACA